ACCUGGGCAUCACUAGUGGUCUGACUCUCGUGCUCUGUGGACGGUCGCUCGUUACUUUCGUCCAAGCUCACCAACUACCCCGGGAUUCUCUUCUCCUGCCGCGGUCACACACGCACAUAGUUGAGUCACAAGAUGGCGGACGUUGAUAAGACUCCAGGAGAGACCAACCCGGCAUUCUUGAACGAUGACAACAACACUACAGCAAUCGCCAAGGCCACGGAGGCAGGGGACAGUUCCUCAGCCUCCCCCACGACGGCGGUGCAGAAGAAGGAGCUGACAGAGGAGGAAAAAAUAGAGAAAUUCCGUAUCUUGAAGAAUGUGGUGAUCAUCUCCAUAGCUUUCAUGUUCCUCUUCACUAGUUUCAACUCUAUGGCUAACCUUCAGUCCUCCAUCAACAAAGUAGAGGGCACUGCGGCGUUAUCAACACUAUACGCGGCUCUGGUGGUGUCCUGUGCCUUCCUGCCUACUUGGAUGAUUAAAAAGUUCAAAGCCAAGUGGACACUCUGCUUCUCCAUGUUGUGUUACUCUACCUACAUCGCCGCUCAGUUCUACCCUACUGUGUGGACGCUUGUACCCACCUCCAUCAUCCUGGGUCUUGGAGCAGCGCCUAUGUGGUCCGCUAAAUGUACCUAUUUAACUCAGGUGGGCGGAAAAUAUGCAGAGAUCGUGGGAGAGAACGCUGAGGUAGUCAUUGUUCGCUUCUUCGGCAUAUUCUUCCUGUUCUUCCAGUCAACACAGGUGUGGGGCAACCUUAUCUCCUCCUCAGGUGAGUCACAGGUGUGGGGCAACCUUAUCUCCUCCUCAGUGUUGUCUCAGGGUGUUGCGAAUGAAGAGGAGAUAGAUGAGUUAGCACUACUCUCAUGCGGGGUCAACUUCUGUCCUCACAUCGCCAGCUCUGAGACCACCAACAUCACUAACCUGGCCAAGCCUCCAAUCUCUAAGAUCUAUACCAUGGCUUCCAUCUACCUGGUCUGUGCCAUCAUCUCCUCCGUGAUCAUAGCUGCCCUCGUCGAUCCUCUCACCAGGUUCGGGGAGAACGAGAGGAUGGGUUCGUCAACAGGUAAGAGUGGCUGGGAGCUGCUAGUGGCUACCUUCAACCACAUGCGUCACCCCUAUCAGCUGCUGAUCAUCCCCCUCACGAUGUGGUCUGGCGUGGAACAAGCCUUUCUGGGUGCUGACUACACUGCUGCUUACGUGUCGUGUGGGCUGGGUGUACACAUGGUCGGGUACGUUAUGAUAUGUUACGGUGUGUGUGACGCCAUCUGCUCCAUCACCUUCAGUCCGCUGGUGAAGAUGGUGGGUCGUGUGCCCAUCUUCACCAUGGGGGCCAUCAUUAACCUGGGCAUCGCCAUCGCUCUCCGUAGCUGGACGCCUCACCCUGAUGACGUUGUGCUUUUCUUCGUCAUGGCAGGCCUGUGGGGAGUAUCGGACGCUGUAUGGCAAACUCAGAUCAACGCCUUCUACGGAGUGAUCUUCCCUGGGGAGUCUGAGGCGGCCUUCAGCAACUACCGCCUGUGGGAGUCACUGGGGUAUAUCUUCUCCUACGUCGGGAGCGCCACCUACUGCAUGGAUGUGAAGAUCACCAACGUGGUCGUCUCCCUCGUGUUCGGGAUCAUCGGCUACUACGCCAUCGAAGUACUGGAGCGUCGUGGAGGCCUCAAGAAAGAUGAUAAAAACAACGUGCUUACCAUUGACAGGCUCAUUAAAGACAAGUUCUUCGGCGGUAAGAACUAAUGUUGAUAUCUCUUAAAGGGAAAUUAAUUUACGUACAGAGAGACCUCUGUGGCCAAGAAUAAACUAUUUACGUACAAAAGAAACUAUGGCCGUGGUUAGUCACACUAUGUUACAAAAUUAAGUGAAUUAAUCUACGGGCGAAACCUCUGAAUAUUUUCAUCACGGACGAAUUCAUCAGAGGAAAAAACUUACAGUGGCUGACGAUAUCUAUAUGGUCACGGACAGUCAAACUUUCAUUUAAAAAAGUUGUAAAUUUAAGUAUAGAAGCCUGAUGAACACACUCCUCAGAAUGAAGUCUUCGGUGGACAUAAAUACUGACGAGGUAAGAUACGAGCAGACUAAGGUGUGGCGGCUGAAAGGUUACAACACAAGCCUCCUAUUCGCAGGUCACUUGUUCGCGUCUGGAGCCCCCCCAACUGUGAUCAAAAUAUGGUUCUCUGGGGUCUUAUGCCGAGUAAAGGUACAGGUAUUAAUGUGAUCAACUUUUUUCGUUAUGUUUCAUGAAUAUAUAAACAGGGAACAGAUGGCCACCGUCUUCUACGUUAUGUUAUCAAUGUGUUAUAUCCAUGUUAGGUAAAUCUCUUCUUAUCCAUUAUUUCACUUUCAGCCAUAACGAAUUAUAGAUCUUGUAUAUUUUCAAUGAUGAUCUACUCUUGUGCAGGUGUGAGAGACAAGUUAUAUAUAUGUACACACAGGGAUACCUCGUCACUUGUGCAGGUGUGUGUCAAGUGCGAAUGGUAAGGCGUUGUUUCAGAGAUUCAAUUAUGACACCUUAGAUAUCUUAUAAACCUCUGCAGUACACACACACACACACAUACACACAUACACACUAUUGACGUCUCCUGUACGCACAUACACACACUAUCAACGUCUACUGUACACACAUAUCCAAACAUUAUAACACUUCCUUUACACACACACACACACACACACACACCAUUAACGUCCCCUAUACACAAAGGAUACCAGGACUAGUGUCAAGGUAGCCGUGACACCUAAAGUAAUACCUUAGUUAUAUAUUUCCGUUUUAUUGUAAUGGUCACUGACGUCAAAACACGUCACAGUGAAGCUCGUCGACUCCUUCUAACUUAAGAAGCUGCGUACAAGAAUCAUGGCAGAUAAUGUGUAUUUAUUACCGAGAUUAAUUUAUAUUAAUCAUUGUUAGGGUUUGCUAUAUGUCAGAGUUUAGUUAAUAUAUAUAUAUGUGUAUAUUUUGGGUUUGUUUAAUUGGUUUUAGUGUGUGUGUUAGUCGUGUAGUUGACGGUAGAUUUGUUAAUAUGAGAACUGUUUUUUCUUUUUGCCUAAACGUGUCUUCUGUUGUAUUUCUGCCUAAAUGUGUCUUGAGGUUAUUAUUAUUAUUAUCAUCUUUAAUAGUAUUUUUAUUUAUAUAAAUCAAUAAAUAUCUCUUUACUCGUGGCUGACGCUAAUUGAAUUUAACAUCAACAGAGUAAAAUGGCGAAGAAUAAAAAAAAAUGUCUAGCAAAUAUCUUUUAAAAAUAAAAAUGAAAAGAUGAAAAAACUCUAUAGAACAUUACUGGGUAGAAGAUACUUAGUCAAUGUAUCUUAGUUAUUCAAUCAGUGAAUUAGUCAUCCAGGAUCAGCAUUCAUUAAGCUCCCUGACGUAUUUCUUAUCGUUACAAGGAAUAAUAGACCUCAAGACACUGUUAAGACAAGGCUUGCUUCACAUUGUAUAUACAUAUAAUUAUGAGUUUAUGUAUAUUUAUGAAUACGAAAUCUAAUAAAAAACACUAUAUUAUACUUUA